CUGCGCUGGCCCGCCGCCCGCGCCCCCCCGGCCCGGGCCCGCCCCCGCGGCGCGCCACUUCCGCGUGCAUGGCCCUGCCGCCCCGCGUCUGCAGCGCGAGCUGGUGGCGGGCGGCGCGCGCCAUCCCCGGCCUCCGGCUGCCCGCGCGCGCCCCGUCCCGCGCCAUGGCUGGCACGCAGGAGCCGCAGCCGCGGUGCCCGCCGCCCGCCGCCGCCUGCUACGACUACCUGGUGAUCGGGGGCGGCUCGGGCGGGCUGGCCAGCGCGCGCAGGGCGGCGGAGCUCGGCGCCAGGGCCGCCGUGGUGGAGAGCCACAAGCUGGGUGGCACUUGCGUGAAUGUUGGAUGUGUGCCCAAAAAGGUGAUGUGGAACACAGCUGUCCACUCUGAAUUCAUGCACGAUCACGUUGAUUACGGUUUUCAAAGCUGUGAGGGUAAAUUCAACUGGCGUGUCAUUAAGGAAAAGCGGGAUGCCUAUGUGAGCCGCCUGAACACCAUAUAUCAGAACAAUCUAACCAAGUCCAAUAUAGACUUCAUCCACGGCCACGCAGCAUUCACGAAUGAUCCCAAGCCCACGGUAGAGGUCACUGGGAAGAAAUACACCGCGCCUCACAUCCUGAUUGCCACAGGUGGUGUGCCCUCCAUUCCCCACGAGAGCCAGAUCCCUGGAGCCAGCCUUGGAAUAACCAGUGAUGGAUUUUUUCAACUGGAAGAAUUGCCUGGCCGCAGUGUCAUAGUCGGUGCAGGUUACAUUGCUGUGGAGAUAGCUGGGAUCCUAUCAGCCCUGGGUUCUAAGACCUCACUGAUGAUACGGCACGAUAAGGUACUUAGGACUUUUGAUUCCAUAAUCAGCGCCAACUGCACGGAAGAGCUGGAGAACGCCGGCGUGGAGGUGCUGAAGUUCUCCCAGGUCAAGGAGGUUAAAAAGACUUCGUCGGGCUUGGAGCUUGUCAUGGUUACUUCUGCUCCCGGUCGGAAACCCGCCGUGACCACGAUUCCGGAUGUUGACUGCCUGCUCUGGGCCAUCGGGCGGGACCCAAACUCCAGGGCUUUGAAUUUGAACAAAGUGGGGAUUCAGACCGAUGACAAAGGUCACAUCAUAGUAGAUGAAUUCCAGAAUACCAACAUAAAAGGCGUCUACGCAGUUGGGGAUGUGUGUGGAAAAGCUCUUCUCACUCCAGUUGCAAUAGCUGCUGGCCGAAAACUUGCCCAUCGACUUUUUGAAUGCAAAGAGGAUUCCAAAUUAGACUAUGACAACAUCCCAACCGUGGUCUUCAGUCACCCUCCUAUUGGCACAGUGGGACUCACGGAAGAUGAGGCCAUUCGUAAAUACGGGAAAGAAAAUGUGAAGACCUAUUCCACCACCUUUACGCCGAUGUAUCACGCGGUCACCAAAAGGAAAACAAAAUGUGUGAUGAAAAUGGUCUGUGCCAACAAAGAGGAAAAGGUGGUUGGAAUCCACAUGCAGGGAAUUGGAUGUGAUGAGAUGCUGCAGGGUUUUGCUGUCGCGGUGAAAAUGGGAGCAACGAAGGCCGACUUUGACAACACGGUCGCCAUUCACCCUACCUCUUCAGAAGAGCUGGUCACACUCCGUUAGGAAGCCAGACUUGGGUGGCUGCAGCUGGAGUCGUAGACCCUCUGAAAUGAACCAAAUACUCACGUUUACUUCCUAUUCCAGUUUUAUGUACUUCUUUAUUUUAAUAAGGAUCUUCCAAUAGUGGAAAUUUGUUGUGUCAUCCGGGAUUGAUUUUCAUUUGAUCACGUCUCACAGUAUUUUAAAAUUUUUUAUUAAUAGUUCUGUGCUAGUUUAUUUUUUCCUGUCUGCCUAGCCUCAUCCCAAGUAUAAAACUAUGUGAAGUACAAUUAGGUUAAUGUACUUGAAUGGAUAUAGCUUGCUAAUGUUUAUAGAGGAAGACAAUGGCAGCUCUUCUUCAUAUUUAAACAAUGCAAGUGCACAGAAUCUUUAUAUAUAUUUUGAAGCCAGUACUGUGCCCUGUGUAUUGCAAAGCUGCUUCAAAGAUGUGACCUUUCUCUAAAAGCACGUAACACAAGACCUGCCUCUCCUGUAUUUUAUUCUUUCUCUUGUUUUAUUAAAAAUGGUUUGUAUUAUUUUUAUAAGAUGAAGUGCAUCAAACUUGGGAACGAUUUGAGGAAGCUGGUUAAAUGUGUCAGGGACAUUUUAGAAGCGACUCCUGCUUUCAGAAGGAGGUAGAUUCAGAUAUUUCAACUGUCCCUUUCUCUGCCAGGAGUUUUACAGUUCACUGAACAAUGUCAAUAUUUGUAUGUGUUCUUGUCAUUUUAUUUUUUCUGAAAACUUCCAAAAAUUUGAAAAUAAAAUCAGUCUUUAUAAAA